AUGUCGCUGAAAUUGCCCCAGAAUCCCAACAGCGGAUUGUUCAAGCAAGGAUAUAACAGUUAUUCCAAUGCCGAUGGACAGAUCAAUAAGUCUAUUACUGCGAUUCGCGAAAUUCACCAGAUGUGUCUCACUUCAAUGGGUCCCUGUGGUAGAAACAAAGUCAUUGUGAACCAUUUAGGUAAAAUCAUUGUCACAAAUGAUGCUGCCACUAUGCUUAGAGAGUUGGACAUUGUUCACCCAGCCGUGAAGGUUUUGGUGAUGGCUACAGAGCAGCAGAAAAUUGAUAUGGGUGAUAACACCAACUUUGUAAUGAUUCUCGCUGGUGAGCUUUUGAUGGUGUGUGAGAAGCUAAUCGCAUUGGGCUUAUCAGCUGUGGAGAUUAUCCAGGGUUACAAUAUGGCCAAGGAUUUCACUUUAAAAGAACUAGACAAUUUGGUCGUAGGUGAAAUUACCAAGAAGAAUGAUAAAGAGGAACUUAUCAAAGUGAUCAAGCCAGUGAUAUCUUCUAAGAAGUUUGGCUUCGAAGACUUGUUGAGCAAAUUGGUGGCUGAAGCAGUCUCUCAUGUUUUGCCUGCAUCCGAAUCUAAAUCUCCAUUUUUUAAUGUAGACUCCAUCAGAGUUGUCAAGAUAAUGGGUGGCUCUUUAUUCAACUCAACCGUUGUUAAAGGUAUGGUUUUCAACCGUGAACCCGAGGGUCAUAUAAAGUCAUUGGCAGAAGGCGUCAAGCAUAAAGUUGCUGUGUUCACUUGCCCUAUCGACAUUGCCAAUACGGAAACCAAGGGAACGGUGCUCUUGCACAAUGCACAAGAAAUGCUAGACUUUUCAAAAGGUGAAGAACAACAAAUCGAUAGUAUGAUCAAGGAGAUCGCCGAUAUGGGGGUUUCGUGUGUCAUUGCGGGUGCAGGUGUCGGCGAACUGGCAUUGCAUUAUUUGAACAGACACAAAAUUCUUGUGCUAAAGGUUCCAAGUAAGUUCGAAUUGAGAAGAAUAUGCAGAGUUUGUGGUGCUACUCCUUUGCCUCGUCUGGGAGCUCCUACUCCAGAAGAGAUCGGUAUUGUCGAAACUGUGAAGACCAUGGAGAUCGGAGGUGAUAGAGUUACUGUCUUUAAACAGGAAUCGGAUGAGAUCACAAGAACUGCCACCAUUGUAUUAAGAGGAGCCACUCAGAAUAACUUGGACGACAUCGAGAGAGCUAUUGACGAUGGUGUUGCUGCUAUCAAGGGGUUGAUGAAACCUGCUGGGGGGAAAUUACUAGCUGGUGCUGGUGCCACAGAGAUUGAACUUGUUUCCAGAAUUACCAAGUAUGGUGAUAAGACUCCAGGUCUUCUACAACUCGCCAUCAAACAAUUCGCAAUUGCAUUCGAAGUGGUCCCACGUACGCUUGCCGAAACAGCGGGUCUCGAUGUUAACGAAGUUUUGCCUAACUUGUACGCUGCUCACACUGUCAUCAACGAAGAAGAAGCAUCUUCCGAUAAAGAUGGUCUAUUCAAGGGUAUCGAUAUUACAAAUGAGACCCCAGAGGGUGUCAAGGAUAUCAGAGAAGAUGGUAUCUACGAUAUGCUUGCUGCCAAGAAAUUCGCCAUCAACGUCGCCACUGAAGCAGCAACAACAGUGCUGUCAACAGACCAAAUUAUUAUGGCCAAGAGAGCUGGUGGUCCAGCACCACCCCCACAGGGCCCAAGACCCGGCAAUUGGGAUCAAGACGAUUAG